CACCCCGUAUGAAACAAUGAAGAGGUAUUACGAAAAUGACUUUGUCAUCAAAUUCAUGCAAGGCUUGAAUGAAAUGUAGCAAUCUUCUAAGACACAGGUUCUUAUGAACUCAACAUUACCCUCAAUUGAUGUUGUUUUUAAACAAAUCUUGCAACUUGAGAGACAUAUGAAGAGUGUUCAUAAAAAAAUGAGUGGAUUCAGUUGCAUUGGCAGUUGGUACACCUCAGAAUGCCAAUUCUAACAAUAGAGACUACAAGGAUGACAAGAAGUUUUGUAGGUAUUGAAAGAAAGACAAUCACAUUAUCCGUGAAUGUUAUAGGCUGAAAAACAAGAUGACGAGGGAAUCUGGUGGUUCAAGCUUUGCUGGUUCCGUUGAAGCAGACACUGAUUCUGAAUCUGGCAUUCUAGGAGCACCAUCAGUGCAUCAUGGUACAUCAAGCAGGAACAACUCAACCAGUUUGGCUAGUCUCCAAUUCAGCAAUGACCAGAUAGAUAGGCUGAGGAUGCUACUGCUUGGAUCACCAUCGUCAUCUCUUUCUCCACCUACUACACCAUCAACCAGACAUGCUACAAAUGCAUCAAUCACUACUCAGAAACAACCUGAUCAUUCAAGAGCCACUUAGUAUCACCGAGUCUACUUACCUUCCAGUUCAGGUACAACAGUCCUCUCAACCCUUUUGGCUAGCAUAGUGGAACCAUUGUGGGUUCUAAACACAGAUGCUUCAGAUCACCUAAUUUGUGAUUUGACAUACUUUUUAAAAUUCAGAACUUUACCGGGAGUUUAUGUCAACUGGCCAAAUGGUAACAAAGUCCAGGCCACACG